AUGUCUAAUGAUUACUCUUUAUUCGAUGAUUUAGAACAAGAUAACAACCCAUCUUUAUAUGGUAAUGCAUCUAUACUAACUAAUCCAUACAAUACAUCACAUACACCACACGCUGCUCACAACAACCAUAACUCAUCACAGGAUCCACAUUCAGACAUUAAUGGAAUACAGAGUGGUGUUCAUCGUGAAUCCAUUGGAUCAUCAAAAUUGACAUUAAGGAAGGAGAAACAGCAACAACAACGACAACAAGAACAACAAGAACAAGAACUCCAUGUGGCAACACUCUCCCCACCUCCACAACUGACACCUAAACAACCAAAUUCUCGUAAACAACAGUCGCAUAAACAGCAGCAGCAGCAAUUAUCACCUAUAUCUAAUGCCCUUAGUGACAAUGACGAAUACCCCACUGAUUUAGUCAAUAGCACAUUGGGCUUAUCCAAUCAAAUCACCCAACUAUUGGAAGCAUCGGAUUUAACUAUAGAUGUCAUAAACUCUGAACGAUUAAUCAACUCAUCAAUAAUAGUAUACACUAUUCAACUACAAUCACCAUCGGUUGUCCACAGCAAAAUUGUUGUUAAACGAAGAUACCGUGAGUUUAAAUCAUUACGAGAUAAUUUACUCAAAUUGUUCCCGACAUUGAUUGUACCACCAAUACCUGAAAAACAUUCCAUACUCAGCUACUUACUCAAUUCAAUCAAUUUAAACAAUGAAUCAAAUAUAAUUGAACUGAGAAGACGGUUUUUCAAGUUAUUUUUAAAUGAUUUGAUUUUGGAUUCAAAUAUCGAAUUGAAGAAAUGUCCACUUUUACACAAGUUUCUUGAUCCCAAUUAUGAAUUGUGUUGGUAUAAUGCAUUGAAUGAACCACCAGUCAGUUAUUUACCAAAUAACUUGUUAUUGGCUAACCCAGUAAAUCCAGCUGAUCAAAAUGGAUUAUAUUCUAUUUUACCCAUUGUUAAUGGUUUUAAUAUUGGGUCCAACAGUGAUAAUUUAUCCAGUUUGAAAAAAAUCAAUGAUGAUUUGGCAAAAUUGAAUGAUCUGAUGAAAUUAUUUGAAUUGGGCGAAAUAAAAACUGGCGGUGGUCACUUUGAAGAUGAUUUGAAAUUCACCAUUCCUCAAGAAUUGAUUACAUUUGAAACUAAGUUUCAUAAAAUCAUCACCGGUUUGUCAUUUUUAAAUAAAUUGGAUAUAAAAACAACCAAAGAUUACAAGAGUUUGAUUAAUGUAUUGAUUGAUUUAGGUGGAAACUUGAAUAAUUUUUCAUUACAAAUCUAUCAUCAAAAACCCCAUCAUUUACGACAACAACAGCAGAACCAACAACAACCUGAUACUAGUAUGUUUUCAGAAUCUGAAACCCGUAACAAUGCAUUAUCAGAAGCAAUUGAAAAAUUUGGAUCAACAAUGGAUCAAGUGUUCUUAAACUUUGAAAAUUUCGUCUUGAAUCAAUUGAUACCUCAAUGGCAAGAACCUAUACAUCAGUUGGUUCAAUAUAAUCAAACAGCAUUAAAUUUGAUAAAGUUUUAUAAAUACAAGAUUAUCCAGUUUAAGAUCUUGUACAAGUUAAAAUUCAACAAAUUUCAACAAUUGAUUACUAUAAAUAGUCUAAAUGGAGGUGGCAAACUUAGUGAUGAUGUUGGAAAAACAAUGGGGGUCUCCGGGAAACCUCCAAGUUUUACUAAAUCUCACCCUCAAGAGGAAGAAGAUGCAGUUGUUAUAAAUUCGCUUGAUCAUUUAAAAGAAUUAAACAGUCCCACUUUAAACAACGCUUUGAAAAAUAUAUCAAUGAAGAAAGUUCAAAAAAAGUCAUCUUGGUAUGGAUUAUUUGGUGGUAACAACCAAACCAAGAAAUUUAAUUUCCAAUUACCGGUAGAACAAACCAACGGAACAACACCUGAGGCCGGUGAAAGAGCUUCGUCUGAAUCCACACAACCACCCACUGGGUCAGCAUCAUCUGCUGCACCACUAAUUGGAUCCUCCUCGUCAUCAUCCACGGUGCAAACAAUGAUACCUUCCUCACAUACAUCUUCCAUCAAAUUCAAAAUCCAACACCUUGAAAAAGAAUUGGAUAAAAUCAAUCAAUUGAUUGAAUUGUGUAAUAAAGAUAUGCAACAUUUAACUCAAGCUUUAAUGGCUACAUUUGAAGAAUUUAUCAAGAAAUUGGAACGUAAAUGGUUGAUAAUCAUGAUUAAUUAUAUACGAAAUGGUAAAGCAUUAUUUGAGGAGAAUUUGACAACUUGGCAAAGCUUUAAAAGUUCAUUAAUAAAUGAAGAUGAUGAUGAGGGUGGAGCUAUAGGUAAUGAUGUUUUGGGGGGACUUUUAAGUGAAGGAGGAGGAGGUGGUGGUAACGAUGAUGAUGAUGAUGAUGAUGAUGAUGAUGAGUACAUUAUAUAG